AAUUUUGCUCGAAGAGGAGAUAGACAGACCUGCAUUUCUUUUGUUAAACGAGAAAAAGCUUAAAGAUUAUGGGUUUAAAGUAGGAUCAGUUGUAAAACUCUUGGAUUUGAUUGUGAAACUUAAUGGUGAAAAGCAGGAUGAGUCACCAAUCACUGGAAGCCAAACAAUCGCUCAAUCAUUGCAUCCAAAUUUAAAAUUAAAAGGAUCAUCAAUAGAAAAGGUUGAGUAUUGUAGUGACAAUAAUGAAAAUAACACUUAUUUACCUGAAACUGCAUCAGGGCUCCUCCGUUAUUACGAACUUUGGAAUUGUCACUAUACUAAAUGGCCAAGCCUUAACGAGUUUUCUGAAUGCCUAAGUGAUGUCAAAAAAAAUCAUAUACAUAAUCCAUUUAAAAAUGAGAAAGAUUUUAUGAAAGUU